UCAAGUGUUCUAAGCAGUCAGUGACAAUGGAGAAGAAAAGACACAAUCCAACUUUUCUCGCUAUGUUCGCAUUGCUAGCUGGUGUGCUUUCUCAAAACCUUGUCAUUCCUGUAAUAUCUACCACCAUUGAGGACCAGAAGAACUACUACUCUCCAGACCCACAUGCAGGAACUCCUCCCACAGGUUCAUCAAAUUCUCUGUGUUCUAGCUGCCCUCCAUCUCAUGGCUCUGGAGGUGGUGGCCACUCUCAUCAUCAUCAUCAUCAUGGAACUCCAUCACACGGAGGAGGUGGAAGUUACAAUCCAACCCCAUCAACUCCCCCAGGCGGUGGAGGCUAUGACCCAACCCCAUCACCACCCUCAGGUGGUGGAUAUUACAAUCCAACCCCAUCAACUCCCCCAGGUGGUGGAAGCUAUGAUCCAACCCCAUCGCCACCUUCAGGUGGUGGAAGCUACAAUCCAACCCCAUCAACUCCCCCAGGGGGUGGAAGCUAUGAUCCAACCCCAUCACCACCUGAAGGAGGUGGAAGUUACAAUCCAACCCCAUCCUCUCCCCCAGGUGGUGGAAGCUAUGAUCCAACCCCAUCACCACCUGAAGGAGGUGGAAGUUACAAUCCAACCCCAUCCUCUCCCCCAGGUGGUGGAAGCUAUGAUCCAACCCCAUCACCACCUGAAGGAGGUGGAAGUUACAAUCCAACCCCAUCCUCUCCCCCAGGUGGUGGAAGCUAUGAUCCAACCCCAUCACCACCCUCAGGUGGUGGAAGUUACAAUCCAACCCCAUCACCACCUGAAGGUAGCAACUGUGGAUCACCACCACAUGACCCCUAUACUCCAACACCCUCAACCCCAACAACCCCAUCAACACCAUCGACACCAUCGACACCAUACUAUAACUCACCACCAACUUAUGGAGGUAAUAGCCCCCCAACACCAAUCACUGUGAGCCCACCUUCAACCCCAAUUGACCCAGGAACCCCCACUAUCCCCUCCACACCCCCUUACCUUCCUUCCCCAACUCCCUUCACUGGUACAUGCAACUACUGGAGCACUCACCCAGGAAUCAUCUGGGGAUUGCUAGGCUGGUGGGGAACCUUAGGUCAUGCAUUUGGUGCCUCUAAUGUGCCAGGGUUUGGUGCCAGUCUCAGCUUGCCACAAGCACUUUCCAACACUAGAACUGAUGGAUUAGGAGCACUCUACAGAGAAGGGACAGCUUCCUUUCUUAACUCCUUGGUGAACAACAGGUUCCCUUACACAACCCAGCAAGUCAGAGACAGAUUUGUAGCAUCUCUUAGCUCAGAUAAGGCUGCAGCAGCACAAGCCAACCUCUUCAAGAUGGCCAAUGAGGGGCGAAUGAAGCCUCGAGCAUAAUAUAACUAAUUUGGUUUGUGUCACUUUAUUUAGCUAAGAGUAUUAUAUCUAAGCCUUCUAAGAUUAAGAGUGUGUUAUUUAGGUCUUUAUCAUGUGUAAGAUGGAUAUCGUUUUACUUUACAAGUUCAUGUUAGCCUUUAUGGUUUCUUAUUUUUGAAUAAAGUUAAUAUAUUGUUACAUCCAUA